AUGAAACGACUCGGAGUAAUGGCAGAUAAGCCGAAGCCAGCGGCUUUCGCGGACUUCUCUCAAUCCGAGAACAAAGGACUUCAGAUGGGUCAGAAUUAUGGCAACCUGGAGGCCUCAUUCUACAGCGACUCUAUCCAAGGAAUUAACAUUGCGGCAGGAGCCUCCAUAUAUAUGGGUGAGAAGAAGACUGUUGAAGGUAAGCUACUCGACAUCCUUGUUGCAGGCGAUGGCAGGGAUAGAUGCGACAUCAGCCGACCAGAACCGGGAACGUGCGAAUGGAUCUUCGAGCACGAGGCGUUUCGUCAUUGGAUUGCGACGGACUCUGCGACACACACGCCGUUGUACAUUCAGGGGAUUCCCGGAAGCGGUAAAAGCGUGUUAUUGAAAUUCCUCACCAAAGAGCUUGAAAAACGGAUGCGCGUCAGGACACUAUCUGCAUCUUCUCCGGUCCAGGAAGCGCUGCCCGUGGAGUUGGGUGUCCUGGGGAAGACCAUUGCGGUGGUAUGUUUCUGUGACGAUAAAAACGAAAUGCGACAGAAGCCGACAUGGAUUCUGAGGACUCUUCUAUACAAAAUAUUUCAACAGAAGCGGAGUUUGGCCAAGUAUGCGUUGAAUCAUUUACAGAACGCUGAAGACCUUGACAGCCCGGGAGCAGAUCCGGAUGAAUUCCAUUCGGUCGAAAUCUUGCAGAAGAUUCUCGAAGAUAUAGCUCUAGACCCAGACCUAGAGGUUCUUUACUUCAUCAUCGAUGGCUUAGAUCAGUGUGGGCCUCAUCUUCCCGCAGUUGUGCGUCUUAUCAGUGAGGUUUCCACAAGAGUCAAUAGAGAAGCCAUUUCACGAGGAGCAAAUUUUAGCCUGCGCUGUAUCAUUUCUGAUCGAGGCAGUAAGAUUAUCCGCGACAAAUUGCUUCCCCAGUACAUCAUCGACAUUCCCAAGAAUAACAAGCAUGAUAUUGACAAAGUCACGGAAAAGAAAAUCAAAGAUAUCCAAGACUAUCGAGAGUUCUCCGAUGAUGUUCUCAAGUCCACCACAGACGUACUGAAAGAAAGUUGUAAAGGCAUGUUCAAGUGGCUUUCAUUAGUCUUGGAGGACCUGAGCACUUGGGACGGUACCUGGACCGAGAUAAAAGUCAAGGAGAGAUUACACAGCAUCCCUUCAGAUGUAGCGGCAUACUACAAAAAGAUGCUGGAACGGCAGCAUCAAGAUUCUGUCGUCACACUGCGCACAUUGUUAAUGUGGGUAUACUUCGCAUGCCGACCGCUUACACUGCAAGAAUUGAAUGCUGUAUCGACUCUGGAAGAGAAAAAGACAUAUACUGGCGGGGCGAGGACCGAUGAAGAGAAUGACGUGUUGCAGCGUCGCAUUGAAAACAAUUGGAGUGCACUAUUUCUAAUCCACGACGGCACAGUUCACUUGAGUCACCAAUCGGUCAAGGAUUUCUUGUCAGAGGUCUUUAGUGAUGCGGGUGAGAAAAAGUAUGAAGGAUAUGGGAUGUGUAAGUCAGAGGCACAUCGACAAAUGGCAGCUGCUUGCUUGACGUAUCUCCAGAUCCCCAAUGUCAAUGAGCGUGAAGUUCCCAAGCCUCCUGUCGAUAAUAAAGGUAUGAUAGAUGAGACGCAGCUUAAAAUCGUGAAAGAGAACUUCCUUGAAGGCUUCCCAUUCUUACAGUAUGCUGUCGAGUCUUUGGGUCACCACCUCCGAGAGAGCCAAAUUCAAGACGAAACGGAUGUCCCAGGCAUGAAGGAAUUCUUCAGCGCGAACUCGGCAGCAUUAUUGAGCUGGGUCCGCUCAUAUGAUCUCUUGAAGCGAUGGACAAGUGGAAAAUAUUCCGGAUUCUCCACCAGUACGAGCUUGCUGUUCGUGGCGGCACGACUCAAUCUUCCCUGGCUAGCCAACCGCGCAACAACAUGGAAAUCUAUUGGGUCUCUUCCCGUUGAUGUGCGUGCUCCGGAUAUGUCCGGCUGGAGUGCUAUACAUCUCGCUGCUGAUUCAGAGGCAACGGACAUGGUAGCUUGGCUACUGGAGAACAAUGCAUACGUGCAUGCUGAAACAAUGGGAUACGCACAUCCGGGUCGUACGGCACUACAUUUUGCUGCUUCCAAACGAUCUGAUGCUGGGCCUCAGAUGGUUCAAAAGCUGCUUGAUGGGGGUGCAAAAGCGACAGCACAAACGAGGCAAGGUGGAAAUACGCCUCUUCACUAUGCUGUCGAUGGUCGCUCUGUUGCAACUGUACAGGCCUUGCUAGCAGCUGGCGCCGAUGCAAACACCACAAACGGCUCUGGCAUUACCCCUCUUCACAAGGCAGUCGCUAUUCCUGGACUGGAGGAGGUUGUGGAGGCACUGCUCAAAGGUGGAGCAGACCCGAACAAGAAGACCAGCAUUGGUACAGUGUCUGCAGUUCGGGCGUUGUCAAAUCUGAAAGUCUCUCGGAAUAUGUGGCAAGAUACUUCUGAUGCUAGUGUCUCGCAGAGCCCGCUACAUAUCGCAGUAAAUGCAAAGGAUGGAGAACGGAUUGUCGAUAUUCUCCUUAAACAAGGCGGAGCCGAUCCAAACUGUCGAGAUGGUGCUGGACGGACUGCACUCCAUGUUGCAGUGGCGAGGACGAAUGCUGAGGCAAUCACACAGCUACUGAUCGAUUCUAAUAGUGACGUUAAUGCGCAGGAUAUGGACGGCAAAACACCCUUACUUGUAUUUCUUACGGCGGCAGCACUGCAAACAGAACAUCAGUCGCAGCUUACAUCGGAACUUGACAUCCAGGGGUCACGGGAACGACUUCUCGAUAUUCUGCUAUCGGCAGGAGCAGACCCGUCAGUCGAGGCAAAAGACAAAAAGUCACCGAUUAAUUUUGCCACAGAAGCAAAAUUGCAAUGGGCGAUCAAAAAGUUGGAACAAAAGCUCCAAAGGACUGGAAAUCGGAAUCAUGACUCCAAGCAACAGCCUGAACCUGCCAAUGGCGAAAUUAAUGCGAAAAAGGGCUUUCUAGACACCCAAGCGUCCCGAUGGAUACCCAAGAGAUCUUGGUCAUGA